AUGUGGUUCUUGACUCCCCCAACCCUGGCCUACGUGACUUGCCAAGAUCUUCGUAGCAUUGCAGACCCCGCUGAGGAGAUGGUCAUGGUGAUCAAGGCUCCUCCUGAGACCCAGCUUCAAGCCGUGGACUCCUCAGAGACCUUCCAGAUCUCCCUUAAGAGCAAACAAGGCCCCAUCGAUGUUUUCCUGUGCCCUGAGGAGAGUGCCGGUGGGAUCAGCCCUCGGAAGACCCCGUCCCAAGGGGUAGCUUCUGGGGAGGAGGACAGGGAAGCUGAUUCUACCACUACAGUGCCACCACCAUCAUCAUCAUCAUCUCUCCCCUCCACCCCUGACGUGGAUCCCAGCCAGCCCCUGCUCAGCCUGGAACAAGAACCUCUGCUUUCCCGGACGGGGGGCCUGCGGGCCGCCUUGGACGAAGACCACCUGUCCCCCCUGGUGGCAGCCGACUCGCUCCUGGAGCACUUGCGGGAGGACUUCUCCAGCCUCCUCCCCGAGGAGUUCGUCAGCCUGUCCCCUCCGCACGAGGCCCUCGACUACCACUUCGGCCUGGAGGAGGGCGAGGGCAUCCGAGACCUCUUCGACUGUGACUUUGGGGACCUCGCCCCCCUGGAUUUCUGA